UGAUUUUGAUUCUCAGAAUCUGCAAUCCGUUUGCGUGAGAAAUGAAACCUUGGACUCCGUAAACUAAAAUUGCAGUUGGGCUUUCCCGCUUUCCCGUUUCUAGCACUACGUCCAAAUAAUGUCAUGUCAAGAAUCAAGGGCUUCUUAAAUUUGAGGCGAAAAGUCCGAAGGAUUUUGAAGAAGCACUGGUUUCUGUCAGUUAUUAUACCAUUCCUUAUUGGUGUAUCCGUAGCGUUCAUUCAGACGGAUUGUCAAGCAAGCGGAUCGAAUUGUUAUUAUUUCAGAUUAGGUUGCUAUGGAGGUUUGGGCAUAGUUUUGUUCAUUCUGUUCGUGGACCUCUGCGUCUGCAUCUAUCAAUUUCGCCGGGGCACUCCCAUAGAAGACGACAAGGAAGACGGAGGUUUCAAAGAGCGUACGGUAAUACGUCGGCGAAGUACCUUUGCGAACCUUGCCCAGCGGCGGCGGGGUUUGCCUCCGGCAUAAUCAGUGUAUCGCGGAGUAAAUUUCGGAUUGCUUUCCUAAAUCGGUAAACAUUCCGCAUCUUCCGCGACUCCAGGCCGCUGGCAUAUUCCGUCGAUUAUCCAUUAAAAAAUUGCUGCGACGAAGGGGCAUUAUGCGAAUCGAUGUAGCAACUUCCAGAACCACGAUGUCUGAAGAAGCCGCUGGAAUCCCAGAGUUUGUGUUGUAGACGAUAUCCCCGGAAAAGUGCGCGAAAUCCAUGCACUGCUGGCCAGUGCCAACUCUGCGAACACAGAGCGACUGCGCCAGAUGGCCGUUCUACCAGGCGGACUUUUGACGAAUAAAAUUCGUCAGCAAGCGUGGCCUAAAAUUCUGGAUAUCACUCCCUUUGCAAAACAUGACGAACCAACCGAAGAGGACAUGAAGGAGCACCGAGAUGCGCGUGUUGUGGACUUGGAUGUCGAGAGACUGCUCAAAAGAUAUCCGCCUGAUUUGGAUGCGGAAGUCCGCGAUGAAAUGCAGGAUGUGUUGAAGCGUGUCAUUAUGAGGACAUUGCACGGAACAGACUAUCAUUACUACAAAGGAUUCCGUGACAUCGCCAUUACCGUGCAUUUGGUGCUUCGCGAUGGGAACCUGACGGUUGCCGUUCUUCGAAAACUGUGCCAGACUCAUUUCCGCGUUUUCAUGACGCCGACGUUAUUAGAUACGGUUACUAUGCUGCAGUUCAUUUAUCCACUGAUCCGCAGAUGUAACCCCCAUCUCCAUGAUUUUUUAACACCGUCAGACAUUGGCACAAUGUUUGCUUUGCCAUGGCUUAUUACUUGGUACAGUCACAACAUACAAGAAAAUGUUCCCCUAACAUUGGUUGUUCGCCUGUGCGAUCUGUUUAUUGCCUCCGAUCCACACAUGCCGAUUUACUUGGGCGCUGCUAUAGUGAACAGCCUGUCGCAUCGGAUCCUGUCGUUGCCUGAGGAUCAGGCCGAAGUUCACGGAUUUCUCAAUUAUCUCCCCACCACUCUAUCAUGGGAAACGUUAAUCAAAGACGCCCGGGAUCUUUACCUUCAAUUCCCUCCUGCCACGAUUGCCCCGGAGGCUGAACGUGUACCACAGCUUCAGGAAGAGGCUCGCGAAAACAAAUUUACAAGACCAACGAAAAAGCCACCGGUGAUCGCACCUCAACAUGACCGUUUGUAAAUGAAAUUUGGUAUGGCAGCCGGCAUUGGUGUUGUUAUUGUGGCGGUACUCAUUGCCCGAUACUAUUCUCGCUCUUCCAUUCCGACCCGGCUUCCGAUGGCCAAAAGUUGGCCAGUCCUCCCAAUGAUUUGUGAUGGUGAUUUUUGUACAGAAAUGAGCAAGAGAGAUUUCCUGUUUUUCGUUUAACCUCGCGUGUGAAAUUUUCUUAACCAGUUUUGUCAGAUCAUUUAUGAGAUUUGUUUGGCCAUUCAUUCGUGCUAUGGUUUGGCUUAAUAGUAGACAAUUUUCGUACCUGAACGUGGUUAUGAUGUAUGUGUUUGACAAUUAUGUGUUUACACGAAAAUUGAAGAAGGAAGAGA